AUGGCCAUGGAGAGCAGUAGUAUGAGCAGGAAGAGGACGAGAUCAUGCCACGUUGAUCAAGAUGAGGAGGAAAACGAAGAAGAAAAAAUAGACAAGUUCUUUAGGCUCAUCAAGAGCAUUCGCGAGGCUCGUGACCGAUUAAUGACGCAGGAAUCGGAUGUAUUGAAGGAAUCAGAGAAUAAGAGAAAGAAGAAGAUGAUGGUGGGAGAAAAGGAAGAGAAGCAAAAACUACAAGUUUGGAAGCCUUCCUUCCUACUUGAAGAUUUCAUGGAAGACGCUACUCCUCACCACUUCAACACCUCUAGUGCUGUGGCCUUGGUGAGUCGUCCUUCUUCUCAAAACACUACUGAUGAUCAAUUACAAGUAUCCCCUAAGAAAGAUGAUACGAAACAAGGGUUAGACCUAAGGCUUUCCCUUUAG